GCCUUUUCCGUGUCGCUGCUACAGGGAUACCAAGAUGGAAAUCCAGGGGCUUUCUGAUGCCCAAAACAUUCAGUCUCAACAUGGCGCCCUACACAGAAGCAUUUCGUCUCCACAUCGAUCAGCAGCAGGGUCAAUACCUCAUUUUAUUUCCACCGAAAAUGAAGCGGAAGGACUGUUGGAGUCGCUUGAGCUACACAGCGACAACAACAACAACACUAGGCCGAGAACAUCACCGUUUCGCCUACUGGCGGAAAAUGGUAGCGAGGUGGCUUGUUCGCCUGUCAGCACACCGCAAACAACUCUUAAAAGCGAUUUACCGGGUAACAGACCGGGUGUCGGACUUCAUAACGUGAACCCGGAGAAGGAAAAUGACCUCAAUGCCCUACUUGGUUCACAAGAAUUUGUCAAGACAGCCUGGAAGUACGGAUUAGAUAGCGGGGAUGUUGUAAUGCAAAUGGCGCUGCCUCUGUUUGAAGGGGAAGAGGAACCGAUACCGCAGCGGCAGCCAACGUUUCCAGUUUUACGGCAGCAGCGUGAGGACGGUUCCUGCAAACAGCCUUCAGUAGCCAGCCAUAGCAUUACAGCCCCGGGGAACUCCAGCACGACAAACAGGCCGGAACAAACCGCCCAAGAAUUUUAUGUUCUUUUUAAUGUCGUUCAAGAGGAUGGCAGCAGCGAGACAAGCAAACAUCAGCCGGAUGUUUCUGAAGACAGCGAUCAAAUGAAAGGUAAAAAGCAAGACUGUUCCAAAGCAAGCCACUGUGGCUCCAUGGAGGCUGGAAACAGCAGUAACGUUAUUCUCUGUGAAUCUAAUGACAGCUUGAACUGCCUUGAUGCACAAGUUUUGAAAACUGAGCAUGUUUUUAAUUUACUGAACGAUAAUUCCACGGUGGUUAAUGUUAAACAGGCUGCGUACCACCACACAAUCGAAGACGUUGUUUUGACUAACAAAUAUGGCGAUAAGAUUUGUGGCCAAAUAUGUACCGAAAGCAGCGACAGUAAAUUGGUCAGGGAGCUCUCGUCGCAACCUCGCGUUGACGAUAGCAGUGCCUUGAUCUCAGGGACGGCGGGGAUCGUGGAAGCCAUGGACACAUCGGACUUUAUUACAGAUUCAGCGGGGCCGCAGGGCGGUGCAAACCCGGUCACGGCCUCCACGAGUCCGCCUGCUAGCGAAACCUUUUCCGGAACUAUCACAAUAAACAACCAAAGUAUCAUAGUGACCAUUGAAAACGGGGUACUAACUCUUGCUGCCCCGCCAGAGGGCUACGUGCACAAGGAGGAUGAUAUGGUUAGCUUAAAGGAGCACUUGGGAAUGAAAGAUCAUGAGGAUAUUGUCCUCCUCAACUAUGACAGUGGUACUAAAUCCAUCGGGAAAAUUAGCACGCUGGCAGUAGCCAGCUCCAGCCAGCAGGAAGAGCCCACGCCUGGUUUGUCUGUCAGUGACUCUGAGCUGGCUCUGGUGGAUGACAGCUCCCUGUCAGAGCUAGGUACUUCACUGGACUCCUGUGCCAUUGUCAAGCAGGAGGCAGGGUCGCUGUGUGCAGUCACAGAAGCUGAUCUGGGCCCUCCACCCCCCGAAGCCACUGUGACAGGCUGUGGCAAUGAGGACUGCCACUCUGUACCAAUAAUCAAGUCCAAGAAAGACACCGUGUCCACCUUUGGCUGCCCAGAACCAGGCUGCUCCUCCACAUUUGACACAAGGCAGAAACUCAAGGUUCACCUCCUGAACCACGCGGAGGACCCACGACCAUAUCAGUGCACUGUGGAGGGCUGUGGCUGGGCAUUUGCCACCUCCUACAAACUAAAGCGGCAUCUCCAGUCACACAAUAAGCAGCGGCCACAUACAUGCCAGUUUGAAGGGUGUGGGCGGCGUUUUACCACCGUCUAUAACCUCAAGGCUCACGUCAAAGUCCACGAGCAGGAUAACGCCUUUGUCUGUGAGGUCUGCAGCGAGAGGUUUCGCAGUGCUACCCGGCUCACCAAUCACCAGAGGGUCCACUUUGAGCCACAGAGGCCCCACAAAUGUGAAUUCCCAGGCUGUGAAAAAACCUUCAUCACCUUCAGUGCUCUGUUCUCCCACAAUCGCACUCACUUCAGAGAAACAGGCCACUUCAUGUGCACCUACCCAGGCUGUGACAAGACAUACGACAAGGCCUGUCGCCUCAAGAUCCACAUGAGAAGUCACACUGGUGAAAGGCCAUUUGUCUGUGACUCAGAGGGCUGCGGCUGGUCUUUCACGAGCAUGUCAAAGUUGCUCCGACAUAAGCGGAAACACGACGAUGAUCGACGCUUUGUCUGUACAGAGGACGGUUGUGGGAAGUCCUUCACCCGGGCCGAACACCUCAAGGGACACAGUAUUACCCAUCUGGGCACUAAGCCCUUUCAGUGCCAUGCAGAAGGUUGUAAUGCCAAAUUCUCAGCACGUAGCAGCCUCUACAUCCACUCCAAGAAGCAUAAGCAGGAUGCCAGCACCCUGAGGACUCGCUGUCCUGUGGCCAACUGCUCCAAGCAUUUCUCCUCCCGCAGCAGCCUUAAGAGUCACAUGCUCAAACACCACCACCUCAGUCCUGAUGUGCUUAGCCAAAUGGAGACAACACCAACUUUGACUCCCAGCAACGAGCUCAUCAGUUCCACACCUCCCACAGUUGUGGGGUCCGGUAUUGCCGGGGGCGACCAGCUGACCAACUUGGACCUUAGCUCUCUGUUCUCUUCUGUGCCUGGAGGAACUGCACCCACUGCAGGUAUUGGAGUGGGAAUUCCAGUUGGUGGGGGCACCUCUAAUGGCCCAUUCACAAUGGACCUCUCCUUGGUCAGCUCUGGCAUCCUGACCAUUGACCCCUCUUCAGUGGGGACUACUCUUGUUACCAGCAGUAACACCACAUUGGCCAAGGCUGUGGACCCUCUUAUACUGGCAGCCAAUACUGACAUGGGCCCCCACCACAACCUGGAGGGAACAGCGGGUGAUGUCCUGCCUCCACAAGGCACCCUUAACCUGGAUGAUGUGCAGACGGUUACCCCAGAGGCCCUGGGAACCCUCACUUCUCUCACCAUGCAGGGUGCUGGUGCCUCUGUGGACCCCACUCUGCAGCACCCACUCAGUUCAUCCAACUCUCUGAGCGUGGAGGCCACAGCCUCCCUGGGUGUAGCCCCUGUUGCCGAGCUGCUGGCCUCACCCUCUAAGGUGGUGGAGGUGGGUGGCCAAGGAGGUGCGGGACCUCUGCUGGGUUGUGUGGAGGUGCUGGGACCCCAGGAGGGAGGAAAAGUGCUCACUCAGUUUGUUUUUCCUGGUCACAGCAGCAGCUUCAGCCCACAGAAAGAGCCGGAACUCAGUUCUGUGUCGCCAAGCAGCUUCCUGGAGAGUGGAGGCUCAGCUAGGACCGACUACAGAGCCAUCCAGCUGGCUAAGAAGAAGAAGCAGAGAGGCCCGUCAGCCUCUUCAGGGACUUCAAGCUCAAGUCAGAGAAAAGUUAAAGGAGCAAAAGCUGCCACAGCACCAGUGCCACUAGCUCCCUCUGGGGCUCGUUACAGUGAUGGAGCUGCAGUAGCCAAUGGGGGCCUGACCCUGCGUGACCCCAUCACUGGGGCCCAAUAUGUCCAGAUCCACCUGCUGCAGGAUGACCCAGCCAGUGAUGGAGACCUGGCCUUCCAGUUGAGCUCUCAGCCCUCCAGCUCCCACUCUCAGCUCACUGUUGACCUGCCUGUCAAUAUUUUACAGGAGUCUUCAGUGAUUACAGAGGACGACAAUGGCUCCGACAACUCCCAGUUCACAGGAAGCACAAUCAACCUCCAGGACUUGGAGUGACCACCCAUACUGCAGCGGGGUCAGGCGUCUACCAGCAUUUGGCUACCAUCCACAGUUUAUGUCAACAAACAUCCCCUGAGAUGACAGAUUUCAUCAAGCAGUUGCCUCAACCUUGAAGGCCUUUUUUUGGACAUGGGCUACGUGUAGUUUGUGGAGGGGGUAGACAUGGCUCAGCAGAUAAUGCACCUUGAGAAAAAGAAAGGAAGAUUCUUUGUUCAGAAUAUUGUCGUAUUAUUUUAAGUCCGGUUUGUACCAAAUCAAAGCUGAGAGCACUGUUAUGUCGGAGCCUCAGAGGGUGCUCCAUCCUCUGAGGGUGUCAGCAGUAAUGAUGUCUGUUCCACAGUGCCACAUUGCCACUCUCAUGCGCACACACACAGUGCGCUGUCUUUGCUCCAGUUGCCUUAUGGACUCAUGCCUCACGCUGUGCACGCCUCCACAGGCAGGUUACCUGCUUUAUUUGUUGAUCUUUUCACUUUUUUUGUUUUGUUAGAUUUAUUUUUCUAUUGCAGCAGUAAUUCCAUGUUGAAAACAUGCCUGUACAUGCAUUUGUAUACAUGAGUAACUACCUUCUUAUAAUGAUUUCAGUUUAUUUAUUAGCUACGGGUUUACAGAAUGGCAGAGCCAAAUACAGAUGAAUUAAAGACUCAAAGCACAAUCAGAACAGUGUGUGUGGAACAGAGUCAUCAAGGGAAUAAAGUGUCUUUGCACAACCUGCGACCUCGAGAGCACUGGUGAAGCUUACCGUCAGCUUGUAGUCUCAGACUUGUCUACAUGAUCUUACGAGGUCUUGGAGCUGCAUUUGGCACUGAUGCCAUCUUUACAGCACUGACUGAAGCCCUGUAGUAACUAGAAAAUUCAACAUUCCCAGGAUGUCUCUCUUUGUCUGGCAUUACUUGCACUGACCUCAACAGUGUUGCUAAGCUGUCACACAAAAGUAUGCUGUCAAACACAGUUGUCAAACCCAGGGUUUCAUAAUUCAGCUAUGAGCAUAUUCACAUU